GCGGCCCCAGUGCGGCGCGGUGACGCAGGUGACGAGGAAGCAUCGCCAACUCAGAGACGACGAGUGGCCGUGCUCCUUGACGUGCGAGGACGACCGCGAGCCGAGCACUUUCGUGGAGGCCAGAAUGAAGCACAUUGAUAAGCUGACGAAGGUGCCUGGCAAGAUCAUCAUGGAGGUCAAGAGGUGGACUACGAGAGGCUACGAACAGACCGUCAAAGGCAACGAGGACUUCUUCUCGGCGACUCCAGCAACGGUGCACCUCAAGAUGAUGCUGGUGGACGCGGCCAAGAAGGGCCACAUUGCAGCUAUAGGGGAUUGCAGCGGCGCGUUCUACCAGGCGCUUCUCAACCCCGAUGGCAACCAGGAGAAGGUGUACAUCGAGCCCCCGCCAGAGGCAGGGCUAGGGCCAGAUGUGGUAUGGGAGGCAGUGUCGGCCUUCCCCGACUUGAAGGGUUCACCGAAGGCUUGGGAGACCCACAGCAGCGGCGUCCUGACGCAUGAGAUGCACCUGGAGCAGUCGCACUACGACGGGUGUGUUUUCGACAGGGUCGAGGGUGAGUUCGACCAGAAAGCAGGGAGGCACAUCGACGACUUCCUUGUCACGGGGCCGAAGUCACAGGGCGAGGCCUUCCUCGGCGAGGCGAAGGAGAAGCUCAACAUGCAGGACGCUGUGCGCCUCUACGAGACGGGCGACGAGGGGAGAUUGCUGGCCAUGAACCUCAGGAAGAUUUAG